UCUAGUAAAGCAUUUGACCGGCUUGGACGUAAAAUUCAGCAGGCGGUUGUUUAGACAGUAUUUAUAAAAUAAUAAUUUCGAUUUAAAUCAAGUUACAAAAAUACAAUCUAAGAAAAUGUGGCGCUCAGUAGCUGCAGUGCUUUUAUUUGGCUUUGUUGCAAUUGCAACCGGCGCCGAGCAUGAUGUGUUGGAACUCGGUGACGAUAAUUUUGUGUCCACUUUGAAGCAGCAUGAAACAACAUUGGUUAUGUUCUAUGCACCCUGGUGUGGACACUGCAAGCGCUUGAAGCCGGAAUAUGCCAAGGCAGCUGAGCUGGUCAAGGAUGACGAACCACCAAUCAAAUUGGCCAAGGUUGACUGUACCGAGGCUGGCAAGGAGACGUGCAGCAAAUUCGCGGUUAAUGGUUAUCCCACGCUGAAGAUCUUCCGACAGGAUGAGGUGUCGCAGGAUUACAAUGGACCACGCGAGGCUAAUGGCAUUGCCAAGUACAUGCGUGCUCAGGUGGGACCCGCUUCCAGGCAGGUGCGCAGCGUUGAGGAACUGGCCAAGUUCCUGGACACCAAGGACACCACAAUCUUUGGCUACUUCAGCGAUAUUGACUCGAAAUUGGCCAAGACCUUCAUGAAGUUUGCUGACAAGAAUCGCGAGAAAUAUCGUUUUGGACACAGUGAUGAUAAGGAUGUGCUGAAGCAACAGGACGAAACCGAUAAGAUUGUUCUCAUCCGCGCUCCACAUUUGAGCAAUAAAUUCGAGGCCUCCACAAUUAAGUUUGAGGGUAGCUCCGAAUCUGAUCUUACCACCUUUAUCAAGGACAAUUAUCAUGGCUUGGUUGGACAUCGUACACAGGACACAUCCCGCGACUUCCAGAAUCCCUUGAUUACCGCCUACUAUUCCGUCGAUUAUCAGAAGAAUCCCAAGGGCACCAACUACUGGCGUAAUCGUGUGCUCAAGGUGGCCAAGGAGUUUGUUGGCCAGCUGAACUUUGCCAUCAGCUCCAAGGAUGAUUUCCAGCAUGAGUUGAACGAGUUCGGUUAUGAUUUUGUCGGUGACAAGCCAGUGAUUUUGGCCCGCGAUGCCAAGAAUCUGAAAUAUGCACUGAAGGAGGAGUUCUCCGUUGACAGUCUGAAUGACUUUGCUGAGAAAUUGCUGGCCAACGAAUUGGAGCCCUACAUCAAGAGCGAACCGGUGCCCGAAUCCAAUGAUGCACCUGUUAAGGUGGCUGUGGCCAAGAACUUUGACGAGGUUGUCAUCAAUAACGGCAAAGAUACGCUGGUCGAAUUCUAUGCCCCAUGGUGUGGUCACUGCAAGAAGCUGACUCCCAUCUACGACGAGCUGGCCGAGAAGCUGCUGAACGAAGAUGUGGCCAUUGUGAAAAUGGAUGCCACCGCCAAUGAUGUGCCACCAGAGUUCAAUGUGCGCGGCUUCCCCACGCUCUUCUGGCUGCCCAAGGAUUCAAAGAACAAGCCCGUCAGCUACAAUGGUGGUCGCGAGCUCGAUGAUUUCAUCAAGUACAUUGCCAAGGAGGCGACCACAGAACUGAAGGGCUAUGACCGCAGUGCCAAGCCCAAGAAAACCGAGCUGUAAGCCAACUGCCAACUGCAGCUGCGUACAUUUAAAUUAGCUUGUAACUAACUAGCAUUUCCAUAUUUUUGUAAAAUCGAAUGCAUUCUCAGAACAUGAAACAAAUGUAAAACAAACAAAAACAAACAAACAAAAAACUUGUAUUAAAUUAUUUAAUAGUGUGA